GAGAAUUUGCGCUUCGGAGCUGAUGCGGGGAAACAGCGGCCCCUGGGGGCGCUCUGAGGGGCCUCAUCCCCGGCAAAGCCGGACCAUCAAUACGGCUCUCCUGAGAAUAAAUCUGACAUUUUUAUCAGAGACGGGGACGGUGCUUAUGAUCCCUUAAGAAUUGCGAAAAAAUGUGUGCACGUCCUAAUUAUGUUAAUAGCAGGUCUAUUAUAAGUGUGGUAUGAAUUAUAUUAGGAAUCGUCGAUAUCUGAGGGGACUACAGCAGAAGGGAGCAGCGAGGGAGGCAGGCUGUCAGCUCGUGGGUCUGAGAAGCUGUCACACACACACAGAGAGAGAGAGAGAGAGAGAGAGAGAGAGAUAGAGAGAGAGAGAGAGAGAGAGAGAGAGAGAAGGGGUUAGGAGCGCAGGAGCACGCAUCUCCUCUCCAGAUGGUGUUUUAAACGCAGACAGAAGGGUCAUUAGACAGCACACCAGCUUCCAAAGCACUGACAACAAAACAACAAAAUAAACCAAAACGCGAGAUGGUUCACAGAAAACAGCCUCAGUGAGCUGCAGACACGAAUAAUGUUUUUAACGGAGCGGUUUUGCGCGUUCACUGUGAGGAGAGCUCGCGGAGAACAGUUACCGGAGUAUUAACGCGAAGACCUCCGAUACCCUCCGUCAACGAAUCGAUUAAGGAGAAGAGGACUUUUUGAAGGAUUUACCACAGACAACACGGUUUCCACCGCACUUCUGCUCGGUAAAAUCGGUUUAUCCGACACGGGGAAUCGUGGACAUCUAACGUCACUGUGGAAUACGAAUGUAAAGCGCAUCAUACGCGCGAUCCGGAUGGAAGGACUUUGUGAUUUUUUGGGGUGAAAUCCAAGCAAACUUUUUCGCCUCUCGGUGCAUUUUUAUGAAGAAAUUUGUAAAGGAACGUGAUACCAAAGUCUCGCUACUUUAAUACUAAAGCUCCGCUGUUUUUGCUUUUCGCGCGAUAGAUAUAUUUUCCUGAAAUUGAAUUACCUCAUCGUUUUUAUUACUACCACGUAAACCAAUCCAAAGGAGUUCGGGACUGUUUUCUCUCCUAAAACCUGUCCGAUAAACGGCAUGUUUAUGAUUUUCGGUCAUUUUGGGAAGUUGCCGUUUCGACGAGGAUCGAGGCGUAAUAACCGCCGUUGAUUUCUGUGUUUAUUUUUCGCGUGGAUUAUUUUUGGCUGCAAACACUUCUGUUUGACUUCGACCUUCACAAAGUAGCCCUACACGGAAGGCUGAAACGAUGCCCGAUUCACCUGCUGAUGUCAAAACCCAGCCCAGGUCGACUCCGCCCACAAUGCCACCUCCACCCCCUGCUGUCAGCCAGGCAGCCAAUCGCACCGCAUCCUUCACGCCCACAACAAUGUUGAAUGGGAGCAGUCACUCUCCGACGGCGCUCAACGGAGCUCCCUCUACGCCCAACGGCUUCAGCAACGGGCCGGCCACCUCCUCCACCGCCUCCCUGCCCACCCAGCAGCUGCCCCCCGCGUGCGGGGCCCGACAGCUCUGUAAGCUCAAGCGAUUUCUCACCACGCUGCAGCAGUUCGGCAACGACAUCUCGCCCGAGAUCGGCGAGCGCGUCCGGAGUCUGGUGCUGGGGCUGGUGAACUCGACUUUAACCAUCGAAGAGUUUCACUCCAAGCUUCAGGAGGCCACCAACUUUCCCCUGCGGCCCUUUGUCAUUCCAUUCCUAAAGGCUAACCUGCCUCUCCUGCAGAGAGAGCUUCUUCACUGCGCCCGGAUGGCCAAGCAGACCCCAGCGCAGUAUCUGGCCCAGCACGAACAGCUGCUGCUGGAUGCCAACGCCAGCUCGCCCCUGGACUCCUCCGAGAUCAUGCUGGAACUCAACGAGCACGGCAAGAGACGCACGCCGGACAGGACCAAAGACGGCGCAGGUGACAGAGACGGUCUGCACGUGGAACAUCUGGCCAAACGGCCGUGCACGGUGAGCCCCAGUCAACGCUUCAGCCCCAGCAGCGGCCUGCCGGCUCACCCCCCACCCAACGGUCUGUCCUCGCACCAACCCAACGGCCUGCCGCAUCCCAACCCUCCGGCCCCGCAGCAUUACCGGCUGGAGGACAUGGCCCUGGCGCACCACUACAGAGACGCUUACAGACACGCCGAGCACAGGGAAGCUCGGGACCGCCACAGACAGACAGCGGUGCACGGAACACGUCAAGAGGAAGUGAUUGACCAUCGGCUUACGGACCGCGAGUGGGCCGAGGAAUGGAAACAUCUGGAUAACCUGUUGAACUGCAUCAUGGACAUGGUGGAGAAGACGCGGCGUUCUCUCACCGUGCUGCGACGCUGCCAAGAGGCCGACCGUGAGGAGAUGAACCACUGGAUCCGCCGCUAUAGCGACGUGGAGGAUAUGAAAAAAGGUGGGAGCUCCGCCCAGCGGCCUCCUCCUCUUCCUCCCCACCACAACUCUUCCUCCUCCAACACUCCUAACAGCAGCGACACGCAGCCGCUAGAUAUCCACAGAGAUUUCCUUCACCGGCCGGCUUCAGGGUACCUCCCCGAGGAGAUCUGGAGGAAGGCGGGUGCCACGAGUAUCCAACUCACACCUGCACUAAAGCAACUACAAAACAAGCAGGAAGAAGCGGUGAACGAGGUCAAGAGGCAGGCCAUGUCUGAGCUGCAAAAGGCUGUGUCGGAUGCCGAGAGGAAAGCGCACGAGAUGAUCUCCGCCGAGCGUUCCAAGAUGGAAAGAGCGUUGGCCGAAGCCAAGAGACAGGCUUCAGAGGACGCGCUGACCGUCAUCAACCAACAAGAGGACUCUAGUGAAAGCUGCUGGAACUGCGGUCGCAAGGCCAGCGAGACGUGCAGCGGGUGCAACACAGCACGCUACUGCGGCUCAUUCUGCCAGCACAAGGAUUGGGAGAAGCACCAUCACUUAUGCGGCCAAGGCCUGCAGGGUCUCCCCGGCAACAGCAGUGUCCCACUCGGGACGCCUUGCACCACCUUGUCCAGCGCUCCUCCAACUCACUCCGAGAGCGCCCCGCCGGGACCGCAUUCUCUGGUCGGGCAAACCAGCGGCAGUCCCAAGGAAGCGAGUUCCAGCAACGUCUCCCGCUCGACCACGCCGGCCACGCCUGCCCUGAUGGAUUCCUCGUCCCGUUGACUGAACCUGACCCGCCCAGCCACGUCUACUGCUGCUAUGGCAUCCUUCAUACGAAACAAGCCGAGGAACGUCUAUCAUACUUAGCCCUUCCCUCGACACAUCGACCUGGCGUAUUUAAGCUUUCUCCAUCUCUAAAAAGACUCAAGACUUUUAACAAACCGUUGCUCACAAUGAGAUCUCUUGUGAUAAGUUCAACACAAGCAGGGUCUGUUUUAUCGGAUGCCACCAAUAGUCACAUUUUAUUAGCGCAUAAGGCACUGACAGUUUUCGACACGGCCUCCAUAACAUGCCCUUUAAGUGAGGAAUGCUCUGUGGUCAUGGGGCGGCACUGUGUUGUGAACACUUCCCAACGUGGGAUUUUUGGAAAGGACUAUAGCACGUGGUUUGGAUUCCUCCGAACGAACUGACAGGCAGCUGUCGACAUCACUGUGGAACGAGAGCACGCCGCCCCUCAGAAACUCUUCCAACGCAGAGCUACUUCCUCCCGUUAUUUGCAGCAUUUUUGGCUUUAAACACAACGAAAGAAAAAUCCAAACUAAAAACGCAAUGAUGAGAAAAGCAUUAAACCUGUUAACUACCUUGCUAGCGAGCCAAGAAAACUUACACCAGACUCACCUCUCUGUACUGACGUGAUCCCAAAUGAAUUUUAAAUGUAAAAAAACAAAACGUGAUCCAAACCUUUUUAUUACACUGCCAAAGUUACGAAGAAGCACUCAUCUUGUAACCAAACGCAAACGACUUCACCUCUUCAGCAGUUGAGCCAGUUUUACAGGCCGCGGUGACCGGACCCUCGAACCCUGAACUCAAGCGCGGAUCCGACGCAGGAGGAUCGCAGCCUGAACGUUGAAAACGGCGUGAGAACAGAAGAGGCACGGAUGAGUACACGUAAAGGCUUAGAACGGCAACAAAGCUGCCGUUAACCUCAACGGAUCGUACACUAAGAAGUUUGGUUUUCCUAAAGCUCUCCGACUGCUGAGACGUUUCAUUUCGUCGUACGACGUUCCCUCUUUUUCCAAAGCAUGACGAGACUCUCGCGAGACGGCCAUAGACUCGGUUCUCUUUUCUGUCGCUUUCUCUACCUCCCGCCAUGUCGUGUAUCGCUUUUGUCUCCUCCGAGCAGAUAUUCGUGAAGGGAUCAAACAUCGCCUGUAGAUAUUUCUUUCUGUUUCUGGAUGUCUCUGUCUUCGAUAUCUGCUUGUUUGUGCGUGCUCCAGUAGAGGAGCGCUACUCUUUCACUUGUCUUCUUUUAGGUUUUCGCUAAGCAUCGGACAAAAAAAGGAAGAGAAGCUGUGUUGUACCUAACGUUGGAUUUGUUGUAUCGCAGAAUCCUCAUGUAGAAUAGUUUAUAUCGCUCGCAUUGUAAGACAGUGAGAGAGUGGAGGUGCAAUAUGAAAAGAGAAUUCAGCUACUGAAUGGAACCUCAAAAACGGCCCUUAGGGUACCAUAUUAAUAUAAAUAUACAUAAUAUAAAUAUAUCUGAAAUUACCACAGUAAAUUAAUGUGAAUGUACAUAGUAUUUAAAAAAAGAAGAGGUCCAAAAAUGAGUUUGCCAAAUAACAGAAACCUUUAAAAGUAUAAUGUCUAGACUUUGAUUUCUCUCCAUCUAAACUUUUCUGUCUGAAUCGAAGCAGUUGUAACUACAGUGUGCAUUUUGCGAAUCCUGUGUAGUGGGCGCGAUCCGGAUUAGCGGACGAGACGUUCACAUUACCGGUGAUCUGGAUUGCUGCCCCUGCGGUGUUUUGUAGCGACACUUACCCAGCUCGGCCCUGUUCCCAGACUCAAGAACUGGCUUGUACAAAAUGUCACCACAGUGGUCCAACACAUCAUUUGCACACGCAAACAACAACCUAAACCGUAGAAUGUCGGCGGUCCAACAGUCUAAAACCAGAAUAAAGCUAACACUUUGAUUUGUGCACGUACUUCUCAUUUGGCCAUCUCGAGUGUGUACAUAAGAGUAGCUUACGAAAUCCCCAUGUGCCCUUCAAAGUGAGUGACACGCCAGUUCGUAUGGGUCAGUUACGAAUUUCAACUUGCUACUAUAUAUGAAUCUGAUAUUUUGCGUCCUGAACGCAUGACGCACCUCUGAUAUGGACCAAACUUUAAACACAAAUUGCUCGUUGUAUCAUGAAGAUGUUCGAUGCUCACUGAGGUUGGAUUUCUAAAGUAAUGUUUGAAAAUAACAGCUACACAAGACCUCGCAGUUCGUCUCAUUCUCUCUCCCCGCAUUUUGAUGAGUUUACCCAUCCUCUUUUUCCACUAACUACCUCCUGUGAACUAGUCCACGAGAGCCUGACGUGCUCGGAGAAUGACAUCACUAGAAGACAUGCAAACCCAGACAAACCAUCCUAAACUCACGCAGAUCAUUCAAAAAACACCCACAUCUUACACAUCCAUCUAUACAGGGGUAUUUAAACACAUCGUUCCAACCGAUCAGAUGUUUUCAAACAUCGGUGAUCAAGCACACAAACGCAAAUACUUUAUGAAGCGCAAUCCAGAUGUGCGAUUGUGCAUACUUUAACUUUCUUUCGAGUUUCCUUCGCAUGUUUGUGCUAUGAGAUCAGAUGUGUUAUUAUUCAAGGCUAGAGCUGUAAACACGAGGCAAGAUUCAAUUGAAAAAUUGCUUUAUAAGGAAGACUCGCUAUAUACGCAGAUCUCGGGUAACAAAAGCUUCGUGUUUGCACACGUUCGCAGAGCAUGUUUUUCUCCCUGUGAGUUUUGUUUUAAGUGGUGACAUAAACAUAUUUCAUAUAAUGAAUAUCCAAAAUGACGAAAAGCACAGACCAAAGCAGAACCGCACAUUCACAGAUCCAUCACAGAAGCUGUCUGAACAGAUUGUGGCGUACUGAAAUCAGUUGUCGACUAUGCCCAUAAACCAAAGCAUACAACAUAACUAUGUUCAAAGCACAAGAUGAUAGCAAACACAUAAGAAACAGAGUUGUAUCAUUAAUCCAAGCCAGGAGUGAGCUUGAACAUGUAAAUCCAAAGCAUCAGAUACGACUACAAUUGCUUGUAACAUUUAAGCCGGCCUCAACGAUUUCAUCGUGCGAAUGACUUAAUGCGUUCGCUUACUAUUCAUGAUUUUGCUAGAGAACUUACUUGAAUCUCAUGAGCUUUAAAACAACACCAUUGGCAAAGUCAUUGCACAGAAAGUCCUUUUGCAUGUCUGCUAGUAAAGACUUUAAAUAUUUGGCCGUUCCGUUUCUAACCAAAAUCAAACCAAAUAGGAGAAAUUGUGGAUGUCACUGUGUACUGUAUCUGAGGUUCUUUGGCCAUCAUUCUCCAAGCACAUCUGCGGGUCUCUGGAUUCGGUCAUUUGGUCACGUCGCUGGACACCUGUUGGACAGCCGCUACGUUCAUUACAUGACACCGUGGGAGAGAGAAAGAAAACAUCUUUCACAUCCACAAACACACUGACUGGUCAUGGGUAAAAUGUGUCUCGGCUGUAGUUACGAUCUGUUCCGCUCAGAAGCUUUGCUGAAAAUAAUAUGAAGUCAUGAUGAAGGUUGUGUUGGUCUACUUAGGUGGUUUUGUGCACUUGUCGACUGGUUAUGCUGGGAGAUCAGCCGAACCAUUCUAAACCACUGAAGACCAGCAAACCUAAGCAGUUGUUUAAUCAAAUAUUGUUCAUCUUCUGUUGUAGUUUAUGAAUAUUAAAGCUGUAGCAUAAGUGUAAAGUUAAAAAUUCAUUUUAGGGACCGCAGUAAAAAACUCCAGUUGGACUGAAAAUGGCGAACACACAAUAAAUGCCAAGAGAGAACAAUUUCUCGAAGACAAAGACUUGGUUCGAUGCAUUUCGGCAAACAUUAUAUACUGUACUGUGCAAUACAUCAUUACAGGCAAAGGCAUUGUUUCUGUAGGAAAGGUUGGUUUGCUGAAGAAAAUGUUGAUUCGUUUUUCUCUUUUAAAGUCCUGUUAUCAUUCUAGAUGAUGUGUACUGUGCCAGGAGAGUUUUAUUUAUUUCUUGCAUGCUCUUUAAACCUCUUUUGCAAUGCCCCUCACCCUCUUACUGUGCGCAUUGUUGGUCAUGUGACGCUGUAAACAUUCUGAAUCAGGUUAUUGUCUGUGUUGAGAUACGUAUCUGUGUAAUUAAAAAGACAGUGAAAUAUAA